GCAAGAGAGCCUUUAAAAAGCGCAAUGGCUUCGCUUCCCAUUUUGGAGCAGGAGACGUUAUUCCAGAACGGUACGUGGAGCUAUCGCAUUCCAGCCUUGCUCUACCUGCCGCGUUUCAGCACCAUCCUGGCGUUCGCUGAGGAGCGGGAGGACGUGGUGGAUGAACACGCCAAGCUAAUCGCCGUGCGCCGAGGGGAGUAUGACCCAACCACGCACCACGUUCAGUGGAGUGGGAUGGAGACCAUCGUCAGUGCGCAGCUGAAGGACCACCGGUCUAUGAACCCCUGUCCUGUUUACGAUGAGGUCUCGGGGAGCCUCAUCCUGUUCUUCAUAGCUGUCCCAGGGAAGAUCUCCGAGCAGCACCAGCUCAGGACAAAGAUCAACCUGGUACGUCUCUGCCACGUCACUAGCUGGGACCAGGGCCGCACAUGGAGCGCUGCCCAGGAUCUCACAGAGGGCACCAUUGGCAGCGAGUACACGAACUGGGCCACUUUUGCAGUGGGACCAGGUCAUGGAUUACAGCUGCACAACAGGGCCCACAGCCUCGUGAUUCCUGCCUAUGCCUAUCGCAUCCUCGGCUCUCAGCAGCUCUCCCCUCAUGCCUUCUGCUUCCUCAGCUCUGACCACGGGGCGACGUGGACGAUGGGCAACUUCGUGGAGGAGGAGAGCGCGGGGGAGUGCCAGGUGGCCGAGGUGCGCAGCGGUGGCCGGCCGCUGCUCUACUGCAACGCGCGGAGCAGCGCGGGCUCCAGGGUCCAGGCCAUCAGCUACAACUACGGCGUGGACUUUGAGGGAGGCCAGCAGGUUGAAGCGCUCGUAGAGCCUCCCUUCGGAUGCCAUGGAAGCGUUGUUGCCUUCCCGCCUCCCACCAACGCCAGGAGCCAGGAUAGCUGGUUGCUCUAUGCUCACCCUACAGACCCAAGGGGUCGAAAGGACUUGGGAAUCUACCUCAACAAAAGCCCUUUAAAUGCAGCAUCCUGGACGAAACCAAGUAUCCUCUUCAAGGGCUUGUGUGCCUAUUCAGAUUUGCAGUACAUGGGGGUGGGCCCAGAUGGCUCGCCCCUCUUCUCCUGCCUCUUCGAAUUUGGCACUCACCAGCAGCACGAGAAGAUGAUCUUUGUCAUGUUCACUUUGAAGCAAGCCUUCCCAUCCCAGUCAUGAGUGUCAACCUUUCCAAGAUCCCUCAGAAACCAUCU